GCGGGGAGCCGGGCUCCAUAGUCCCCGGCCGGCGCCGAGCCCAGGGGCCGCCAUGGGCUGGCAGCUGGUGGCACUCCUCCGGCGGGGGGUGUGGGCGGCGAUAACGGGCGGCUGUUACCUGGAGCCCAAACAGAGCGGCUUCUCCAACACCUUCCACCUGUACCUAUGGAUCGCGCUGCUCGGAGCUCCGUUCGUCCUGCACCUGGCCGCAUCUCCCAGCAGAGUCGCUCUUGGGAUUUACUGUGGUUUGAUAGCUCUCCUUUUUACUGUGAUAAAGACAAUUAAUUAUCGGCUUCACAUUAUGUUUGAAGACGGAGAAAUAAUACAUCAGAGUACCCAAGCUACAUCCUUCACAAAGGAUAGGACUGGAUCUGGAACACGGGACAAUGAUGAAUCAGAAUUGAUGCUUUCCGUUAGUCCUGGUCGCAGGUAUCAUGUGCAGGGUAUCCAACUGACUGAAUUCAGCAGGGAUAAUCCAACACCACCAGUCCACCACAGCUCUUGGCAGUCUAUGCUCGACCCUGGAGUCAGUGACGACUCGGAUCUGCCAACAAAUCCAAAAGAUGCAGAGGAGCUCAAAGAGAAAGACUUCAGAAGGCUCACUGCAACUCAGGAACAUUAUGGUACCCCAAAUGAACUUGCAUGCAAAACUCCAUUAACUUCAGGAAAGGAAAACAAAGAUCACAUGCUGAGCAAUGCAACCCCCCUGAUGCCUUAUGAUUCCCCAGUUUGUUUCCAUCAGUCGAUAUCUCAAGAUAUAGAACCCAGCAGACAAGAACAGUGUGAAUCAGACAGCUUUGAAGAGUCGCCUUUGCUCCUUGCACCAUCCGUUCUGCCGGGUCAGUCAGCUGUUGGUCCACUUAGAACUGUGGGAGAGGUGGCUGAUUCUGAAAAUGCUGAGCAACCCGUCUCAUCUCAGAUUUGUACUGUGCCAUUCUGCACGGUUCCAGAUGAUUCCAAGACAGCUCUCACUGAGGUGGACAGUAAAUUCAGUUCUCCAAAGAGGCAGAUUUCUGCAGGACAGUUUGUAACUAAAUUAAACCAGGACCAUCAAUGUCCUGAUGCAUUGGAGACUGAAUGCAGUUUGUUAGUGAUCAAUGCAGGUAACUCUGACCUGGAACCACUGUGCAACAUGAGUAUUGUUACUGGCGAAAAUACAUCCUGUGGGAAAUGUGCCAGUCACUGUAAUAAAACUCCUGGGAAUAUUGCUGGUCAGGUUGACUGUGGGGAUCUGCAGCCUGCAGGUGAACUGGGUACCGAUCUCACAGUAAUCAAAAUAAGAGAUCCAAACACAGAACAAGAUGAUCAGAAGGAACCCGAACAUGAAGAACUUCCAACUAACAGCUGUUCUUUGGUGAAACCGACAGAGGACAAAGAAAUAGAAGUUUACCUUGACAAGGAUUCCACCACAUGUUUGAUUGGCAGUGUGGAGACUAGGACUAAUCAAAAUAAUUCGACUCAAGAUACUGUUGGGACAACAGGUUUGCCAAAUGUUCAAGAGUCAGAUUUAUUAGACAUUCCAGUUAUUGCAUUGGAAUUGCCUGAAGCUGGGAGAACAGGUGUUGACACUAUUAAUAAUACUAACUUAAAACCCUCAUCCUUUUUAUAUGUUAACGUAAGUAAAGGGAUUCAGGUGUCAGGAACUGAUAACAAGUCCAUAUCAAAAUCAGAUCUUGUCGUCAGACCAAAGUCUUCCAGUUUUGUUAAGCAGGCUCUCUCCAUUCACCAGUAUGAUAAGCAGAGGUCACGGAAACAAAUGAGCGUUGGUGCGGGCUCCAGCCAUUGUGCUGGUAAUGAAAACUGGGCUACUACAGCACUGGCCAAGGGCAACAAAAGUGAAGAUGAGGACGUGAAUGACCACACUAGUCUCAGCAGAUCUUCAAGUCUACAGUCUCAUCAUAAUAUUUCAAUGGAUACCUCUUCUAGUACCAAUUCACGGUCUUGCUCUUCCCCAGAUCACACUUAUCACAAUUACCAGAACCCAUAUCGACAGGGUGAGCCAAGAGCGGUGUCAGAGUCCUUCUUGAAAGUCAUGCAUUGCCUGAUAGAAAGCCAGAGGCAGCAGGAACUGCAAGCUGCGGCCGAUGGUUCCCUGCAAACACACAUCAGGGUCUUCAGUGUGGAUGGGGGAACAGAUGUGGUCUUGAGCAGGACGUCCAGAGGUGGUACCAACAAUCAGGGAAGAACACUAACCACCUCAAAGUCAGACCUUGAGGCCAAAGAAGGGCAGAUUCCAAAUGAGUCGAACUUUAUAGAGUUUAUAUCUUUAUUGGAGUCAAUUAAUAGCUCAAGAAUGAAUGCAGCAAGCUGGGCAAGUGACUGUCGAGAGGAGGGUGCCAUGGGCGGAGUUGUGCUACCACUGGAAUCUGGAUCAGGAAACGCAAGACUGCAUGGCCACAGUGGUCAUCUAAGGAGAUCAGGGAAACAACAACGGCAGAAUGUAAGGAACAAUCCAAGUCAUUCUGCAACCUUCUCUUGUUCACCACAGAGCUCACAGGAUAAUGGACAAGUGCAGAACCGUUCUGGUUCAUUGCACUGGGGCAGUGUUGGGUGUCCAAGUGGUAGUCCAAGGCAUGAUGCUUCGUCACAUCAUGAUACUUCCAUUGGGGCAACACACUUUUUUGUCGAUGAACUCGGGGAAGUAAGGUCGUACACAUUUGGCCCCAAGAGCAGAGGUUUUGAAAAUUCAUUGAAUCAUCCAACAAGUUCGGAACACAUUCAAAGUUCAUGGGAUCAUCAAUCCAACUCUCCCAGUUAUGCUUCAGGUGAUGGACACAAUGGGGUAGAGGAAACUACAGAUGAGCCACGCCAUCGACACCAGCCAGUUAUAUUACGGAGAAUGCGAAUUAGAAGAUAUUCGGAGGCGAGGCAGGGAGCUGGGGAUCGUGAAUCAGCUGUUAAAGCAGAAGAAAAGUCGAGCUGCAGACAGUCUUACAGGUUUUGGAUCUUACCUGGCAAGUGGGUGGAGAUUCAUUAUGAUCGUCUGGCUUUGUUGACUUUACUGGACAGGAAUCAGGAGAUUGGAGAAAAUGUGUUAUCAGUUUCCUUGGCUGUCCUUGUUGCCCUUCUUGGAUUCAGCCUCCUUAACCAAGGGUUUUUCAAGGACAUCUCGGUCUUGUGCUUCUGCCUAGUUAUUGCCAGCUGUCAGUAUUCCCUGUUAAAGAGCGCUCAGCCUGAUCCUGCUUCACCUGUACAUGGGCACAAUAGAAUUGUUGCAUACAGCAGAUCUAUUUACUUUUCCAUCUGCUGUGGCCUAGUGUGGGUUUUGGAUCUCGGCAGUAAAUGCACUCGACUUCCAUCUUCUACUCUGUAUGGAUUUAGAUUAAUAUCUCCAGAAAACUUUGCCACUGCAAGAGAUUUUUUUAUUGGGUUCACACAAUGUUUCCCUCUCAUUUUCCUACUGGGUCUUCUUCCACAGAUUAACACUUUUCUCACGUAUUUGCUGGAACAAGUGGACAUGCACAUCUUUGGCGGAUCAGCUGCAACAGGGCUGAUCUCAUCGCUCUAUGGCUUUUUCCGCAGUUUACUUGCUGUAUGUCUGCUGUAUGCUCUAUGUAUUGGUACUGUAAAGGGACCGUGGGAUGCUCAGCAUAUUCCAACCCUAUUUUCUGCUUACUGUGGACUGUUGGUUGCUUGUUCCUAUCACCUCAGCAGACAAAGCAGCGAGCCAGCAGUCUUGGUGUCCCUCAUUCGCUCUAAGUUGACCAAUGAAUUAGAAGUUCCGGAUCCUGAACAUCCUCUGUCAAAAUACAAAGAUGCUCUUCCUGAAAAACUCAGGAAUUCUGUGAGGGAAGUUUUGAAGUCUGAUCUUGUCAUGUGUGCAGUAAUUAGCCUCCUGACCUUUGCAAUCAGCACAACCACUGUUUUCCUUUCAUUAAAGCCUUUUAUUGGUUUUGUGCUGUAUACUUUGGCUGGGACGGUUGGAUUUUUGACACAUUACCUGCUCCCGCGACUCCGCACACAAGUUCCGUGGUUCUGCUUUGCACAUCCUUUGCUUAAAACCAAAGAAUAUCGACAGUUUGAAGUCCAAGAUGCAGCCCAGUUGAUGUGGUUUGAGCGUGUCUAUGUUUGGCUCCUGUGUUUGGAGAAGUAUGCUAUUUACCCAGCUGUGGUACUCAGUGCACUUACCAAUGAUGCUUUCUCCCUCAGCAGUCACAAGAAGCUCGGCAUACAUUGCGAUGUUUUAAUGAUGACUGUGGCCAGUAUGAAGCUGCUGCGCUCUUCCUUCUGUAAUCCAACAUACCAAUACGUUACAUUGAGUUUUACAGUCCUCUUCUUCCAGUUUGACUGCAGGAGUGCCUCUGAGACAUUUUUGCUGGAUUUCUUCUUGAUGUCAAUCAUAUUCAGCAAGCUUUGGGACUUACUACAUAAACUGCAGUUUGUUUUGACCUACACUGCCCCUUGGCAGAUUGCAUGGGGCUCAGCCUUUCAUGCUUUUGCACAGCCCUUCGCUGUGCCUCAUUCAGCUAUGCUUUUUGUCCAAGCCCUCGUGUCUUCACUCUUUUCCACUCCUCUUGCUCCAUUCCUUGGCAGCGCCAUUUUCAUUACAUCCUAUGUCAGGCCAGUGAAGUUCUGGGAAAAGAAUUACAACACCAAACGGGUGGAUCAUUCAAACACCAGGCUGGAUUCACAGAUAAACAGAAGUACUGGGGCUGAUGAUAACAACCUGAAUUCAAUCUUCUAUGAGCACCUGACCAGAUCACUGCAACAGAGCUUGUGUGGCGACUUGAUCCUCGGUCGCUGGGGAAGCUACAGCACUGGAGACUGCUUCAUCCUGGCUUCAGAUUACCUCAAUGCCCUGGUUCAACUGAUAGAGAUUGGCAAUGGCCUCGUAACUUUUCAGCUCAGAGGACUCGAGUUCAGAGGUACAUACUGCCAACAGAGGGAGGUUGAAGCGAUAACAGAGGGAGCUGAGGAUGACGAGGGUUGCUGCUGCUGCUGUGAGCCAGGACAGUUGCCCCACGUGCUGUCAUUCAACGCAGCUUUUAUCCAACGCUGGCUGGCCUGGGAAGUUACAUCAUCAAAGUAUGUUCUAGAAGGCUACAGCAUCAGUGACAACAAUGCAGCGUGCAUGCUACAGAUGUUUGAUCUGAGAAAGAUGCUCAUCACCUAUUAUGUAAAGAGCAUAAUAUACUACUUGAUUCGUUCUCCAAAACUGGAAGACUGGCUAAGCAAUGAAUCCAUACAGGAAGCUCUGCAUCCUUGUACAGCGUGGAAUUACAUUGACAGGGACCCAGCAGUUUUUAAUAUGAACAUUGAUGAGGACUAUGACCAUUGCCUCAAGGGAAUCUCGAGAGCCAGCUUCUGCAAUACUUACCUGGAAUGGAUCCAGCACUGCAACAGUAAAAGGACAAAGCCCGUGAGUAGUGAUGGGGAUUCUCCUCUGGUAACUCUUUGUUAUAGCCUUUCUAUCCUUGGCAGAAGAGCUUUAGGGACGGCAACACACAACAUGUCCAUCAGCUUGGAAUCAUUUCUAUACGGACUCCAUGCAUUAUUUAAAGGAGAUUUCAGAAUCACUGCCAAGCAGGAAUGGGUCUUCGAAGACAUAGACUUGCUGCACAAGGUUGUUGCCCCAGGGAUUCGAAUGUCCCUAAAACUUCACCAGGACCACUUCACCACGUCCGACGAAUAUGAGGAUCCUGUGGUGCUCUACCAGGCCAUCAGCAGCCAUGAGCAGACACUGGUCAUCUGUCAUGAGGGAGACCCACUCUGGCGCCAGUCCAUCCUGUCAAAUGCAGAGGCUCUGCUUGCACUCAGGCACGUGGUAGAUGAUGGGGCCGAUGAGUACAAGAUAAUUAUGCUUCACCACCGCUACCUCAGCUUUAAAGUGGUGAAGGUGAAUAAAGAGUGUGUGAAGGGGCUGUGGGCAGGACAGCAGUUGGAGCUGGUAUUUCUCCAGAAUCGCAACCCGGAGCGAGGCAGCAUACAGAAUGCCAAGCAGGUCUUGAGAAAUAUGAUCAAUUCUUCCUGCGACCAACCAAUUGGCUACCCGAUUUAUGUAUCACCUCUUACCACUUCCUACGCGGGCUCACACAAACAGCUGAAGAACAUCUGGGGAGGUCCAAUCAGUUUGGAGAACCUCAACCUGUGGUUUACUUCCAGGUGGCAGAAGUUGCGCAAGGGCUGUACUGGAGGCAACAUUGAUGACUCAGAUUGUGGUGGAGCCUCCUCAUCCAGCAGCACCAACCAGACUGAGCACACCACUCACAGCGUCAACUCAAAGAAAGCACAAGACUGGAGGCCAUGUCCGGCAACCGCACACACUGCUCGCCCACCCAGGGGUCAGCGGGAACAAAGGAGCUCUUCAGUUCAGGCCCAUUCGUCACGACAGGAGGGCCAACGACCCCCUACCACUAGUCAGUCAGGGUCUGUACUUGAAACACAGCAGUCUUCUUCCCAGGUGUCAGCAUCUGUCCAAGGCAUGGUUCAAAGGUUAUCCAACAGCCAGCUGUCAUUCAAUAACUCAAUAGCUUCAAUGUUAUCUCAAGUACCUCGACUCUCCACCACAAGCCAGCUCAGCAGUCAAGGUCACUCGGGGACACAGAACAUGUGCAGCAUCAAUUCCUCCACCAGCUCCACCCUCAGCCUGUUGUUCGGGAAAAGAAGUUUAUCCAGUGGACUCGUGAUCUCUGGGCUCUCCGCGGCAGAGGGAGGAAACACGACAGACACUCAGUCAUCCAGCAGUGUCAACAUCGCACUUGGGCCAUCAGUCAGCCAGCGGAGCCAAAUGGGAAGGGGAAGCUCUGAUGCCUGGUCUUCUCUGGAUGUUAUAAGCUCCAGCCAGCUGAAGGACACGGUGCACACAGAUGAUGCGUUACUCACUCCAAAUGCUGACCCGAAGGUGAAAGAUGAACAGAGCUCAAAGACAUCUCGCUCCGUCCUAGACCAAAAUCACCAGUGAACACUUAAGUGUCAACAGGAGGUGCUCAGGUCCUCAUAAAGUAGUGGAAUCAGUGAAGUGAUAGAGAAUAAGAUAUUAAGAGUAAGAAACGUAAGGGAGAGAAUUCUCCACCAUCCAGGAAAGGAAAGUGGAGCAAACAGAACAACUUAAUGGAAUUUUUCAGAAUCAAAUGCUGAAAGUUGCUUUGGAUAAUGAAGUGGAUAUAGUUUUAUUUUCAACGUCCACAGCUAUCCCAGCAGAAACUGAAUACUUAUUAAUAACAGUUGUUCCAUGGCUCUUCCGUGGUCAUUUUCCUGUUUAAACAGAGUGAUUCUUAAAUUAAUCAGACUUCCUGAAUGUUCGAGCUUCCAGAACUGGCGUAGAAUCACAGGCUCCUUGCUUCAAUCAUUUUGACUAACACCUGGAAAAGGUGAAGGGCGAUCUCGUGAAAGAAAUGACAGAAUAAGCUCUAAUAUAUAACCCUGCUAUUAUAAAAUGUUACGUCCCAAAUUGGAUUAGCAGACCUUAUUGUAGAGUUUGGGACCUGGCUUGUAAAAUCAUUACAGAUGAAUUUGUGCAGCAUUCCAUAACUACACAUUGAAAUUAUAUACUUUAAGCAUGCACAACUUUGGAUGGAGAAUACUUGGGAUGCUGUGCACAAUUUUGGAUUCCAUAUUAUAAAAAAUGGCACUGAGAAAAGUGCAGAAAAGCUUCAUACACACAGAAAAGAAGCUUAAGAGUGCCCUGAUAAAGCUGUUAAAAUUAUGAAGGGUUUCAUGGGGUAGAUGCAGAGAAGAUGCUAAUAUUUUUCAGGGGUCUGAAACUAGGGCCCAUAAAUAAAUCCAGCAGAGAAAUGGAGACAAGGUCAGUUCUCCUGAAAGUGGUGACAAUGUGGAACCAGGUACUUUAGAUACUUGAAUAGUCAUUGCAGUGAAUAGCAGAAGUGCAUUUAAAGUGAAAUUGAAUACAUCACUUUACAACCUUAACUUCAGAACCAACCUAAUCCCUUCCUAGAACUACCUUGAAACUUACAGAAUUAUGGUUACUCUUCCCAAAGUGUUCUCCCACCAACACUUCCACUAUCUGACCAGUUUCUUUGAUUAGGACUAUCUGCAUAUUGUCGCAAAAAAUCUUUUUGGAUGCACUUAACACACACUGCCCCAUCUAAGCCCCUUACAUUAGAGCAAUCCCAGUCAAUAUUGGGAAAGUUAAAAUCCCCCAUUACUAUAACUGUGCUGCUCUUACACCUUUCUGCGAUUUGCUAACAUAUCUGUUCCCCAGGCCUUUAGUAUAACUCCCAACAAAUUGAUUGGCUCUCUCUUGUUUCUAAGUUCUACCUAUACGGCCUCAUUGGACGUUCCCUCCAAUAUAUCCUGUCUACAUACUGCUGUGAUGUCUCUCUAAUCUGCCGUGUAACCCCCCACCCCCCGUCACAUUGAGUGCUCCGGGUUCCUCCCGCAUACCGAAGACAUGCACAUUGAUAGGUUAAUUGGCCACUGUAACUCUCCCUAGUGUGUGGGAGAGUGGUAGAAUCUGGGGGAGGUGAUGAAAAUGUGGGAGAAUAAUAAAAAUUAGGAUUAAAGUAGGAUUAGCCUUAAUGAGUGGUUGAUGGCUAAAUCACCCCGGCUAAACUGUUGGAGAGGGGAGGAACAGAACCUGGUUGCCUCGGACUCUUUAGCAGAGUCUGUUAGUUAUCCACAUGUUGUCUGUGUAAUGGGGGCUCAGGCUAAAAAGUGAAGAAGUGGACAUUUAAAAGAGCAGUGGAUGGAAUAAUGGAAUACAAACAUGCCAGGGAGGAACAGGAACAGGCCUUUCAGCCCAUCGAACCUGACCUGCCACUUAAUAAUGACCAUUCUGAUUACAACCUCAGUUCUGCAUUCCCAUCUAUCCAUAGUAACCUAUCAUUUCCUUGCUUUUCAAGAAUCUACCUACCUCUGCUUCCAAUGUCUUUUGAGGAAAGGUGGAGGAAUGAGAACUUGUGCUUGUUUCGUAAUGAAACUUUGAAGUUGAUUCAACACAGACGUCCUUCUACAUGGGUUCACGUGGAGAUGUCUCUUAGUUACUCCUUGGAUUAUCUGGCACUUGUGUUAAUUUUGCCAUUUAUUUAAUCUCUGCUGCCUUUAAGAGAUUUCUUGUAUGCUUAUAAGGUGUUGUGAAGAUAACAUUGCUAUUGGCUGUCAGCUUGAGACCAACCUCACCCCAAAUCUGGCAACACAGAGAGCUGGGAUACACCCAUGAAGUUGUCUCAUCACUCAAUGCACCCCCAAUGUUGAAAUGGCCUUUUCAUGCUGAGAAUGGUGACUGGAACAGUUUAAUAUAACGUCUUUGUCAUUAUGAGAAGCCCAGCUGAGAGGCUCAGACCCACACUGUCAAUCAAGGAUAGGCUCAGAAUUUUUUAAAUCAAUAUGUAGGUUAGGUUGAAGCCACAAUUUAUUGAUUGUAAAUGUUCCUAAGAUCUUUUCCUUGGGAUUUUGGUUUGAUUUGACACCCUUGUAUUUGUAAAAAGACAAGGGGAUAAGGAGCAAAUUUAAAGAAAUGUAAGAUAUAAUACUUUCUUAAAAGGAUAUACUGUAGGUGGGAACCAGUGAUCCUCUGAGCCUCCCUGCUUCAGGAUUUCUGGCAUAGUUCUCCAUCGUACCUGAUUAGGAAGUUAGUAAGCAGCUUGUUCUUGCAG